AUGGGGUGCUGCUCCGCUAUCCCUGCGAGUGCACCAGCUUCAGAGGCCAGCGCCAGUAGCGUCAGGAGCAGCGCGAGCAGCGCUGCUCGCAGCGCCAGCGGACAGCCGAUCGAGGUCAUCAUCGAUGGGUCAGCGAAGGUGCUAAUUGCAUCAGCCUCCUAUUGCUAUUGCCUGUUGAUCUCAUCUGCAGCCAUUUUCGUGGAUGUCCGGGACAAGGAGAGCUUCAGCAAAAGUCACCUUUAUGGAGCUUGGUCAUUGCAUUCCCAUGUGACCCGCGACGAGGUUGCCUCGAACGCUUUGAAGUCGCUCUGCGAUCUACAGCGGGUGGUGGUGGUUUCUGAAGCAAAUCCACUCAAGGACGACAAGGUCAAACGCUUGUUGGAGCUGCUGAAGAAAACUGCGCGUCCUUCUCGGGUAUUUCUAAUGGACAACCUUCCGCAGUUUCAGCAGCGCUUUCCAUUUUGCAUGCGGCAAGGUUCUGAGACUUUUCCUCUUCCGCCGUGCCCGUCGGAGCUGUGGGUGCCGGAGCCAGAGAAGCGACAGCAACCGCCAGCUUUGUACUUGGGCCCGGUGACGUGCUUGGAACGGAGACACGAGGCUCUGCAAUGUUUCAAGAUUGGUGCUGUGGUGCAACUGGUCGAUGACUUGCCGAAUCAGACGCCGCUGGGACUGCCCGGAUCCAUCAAGCUGCAACGGGUGCAGGUGGCCAAGAUGGAGCUGGAGACAUUCGAAGGGACCGAGUUGGAGGCCCAGCAACGCACUUUAGAUCUGGCGGCCAAAGUAGCCGCGUCAUCGCUCGAAGCGUCUGAACGGAUUUUGUCGCUACGCGUGCCGUGCUUCCUAUGUGGCCCUUGGAGUGCAGUGGUGGCAGCGCUUGCAUUGAGGAGGAUUUUAGUCUCCGAGUUGAGGACUACUGAAGAGCUCUGUGGAUUCUUGAAGGAUCGAUGUGCGACAACGGCUCUUCCACAUGUUGCUAUCCUUGCCUUAAACCUGGCCCUUGGAAGUCCGUCGCCCGAGUGCUUGGCCUUGGCUGUGCCGGCACAAGCAGCACAGCUGCGUCAACGUCUCGGUGAGGAGGCCGCUACGGUGCCGUUGAAGACAGUUCGGAGUGUCUUGGAAAAGGUCUUGGCUCAGCCAUCGGAAGAACGCUUCAGGCGUUUGAAAGCCAGUAAUCCGCGUGUUCAACGCGAGGUGCUCGCGCAUCCCGAGGCGGUGCUGCUGCUUCACUUGGCGGGUUUCACCACCAUCUCCAGAGAUCUGGUGCUGCCCGGCACUGCGGCCAUGGGGCCACUGCGGCAGGUGCUCCAAAGUGUGUAA